UACGACAGUCCGUCACCGCCAAUCCUCAGAAAGCUCCCGUAAAUCGGUCAGUGCUCACCAUUCUCACUGCAGGCGUCGUUCAGAUUUACUACCAUCGCCCCGUUUCUCUCUCUCUCUCUCUCUCUCUCUCUCUCUCUCUCUCUCUCUCUCUCUGAUGGCCAUGGCUGCGAAAGAGAAAACGAGCUUGGGUGUUAGUGUUACGCCAGUUUUGUUGGUGGUGCACCUACUGGGUUUAAUAGCCGCCGUGCUCAUGCUUGUGUGGAACCUGCACUACAGGGGAGGUCUUUCUUUUAGCGCUCAGGAUAAACAGAGGAUCUUUAACAUUCAUCCAGUUUCGAUGUUUAUCGGGGUUGUCUUUAUUGCUGGGGAGGCCAAUGUUAUGUAUAAAAUGUUGCCUGCUCCAAAGAAAACGAAGAAGCUGGUUCACUUGCUGCUGCAUCUUGCUGCUCUUUCGUUGGGCAUUCUGGGAAUCUACGCUGUUUUCAAGUUUCACAAUGAGAUUGGUGUUGCUCAUGUAUAUUCACUCCAUUCAUGGAUGGGUAUAACCACCUUUUGCCUCUUCGGUUUACAGUGGCUCUUGGGUUUUUUAUCAUUCUGGUAUCCCGGAUUAUCAACUCCCCGGAGGGAACAAGCAGUGCCUUGGCAUGCACUUAUGGGUAUUACAAUCUUCCUUUUGACAAUUUGCACAGCAGAGACUGGGUUGGCUGAGAAGUUCAUAUUUCAACGCCUGGUUCGUGAAAGUGAAGCAUACUUAGUGAAUUUCCUCGGACUCAUGGUACUUCUCUUUGGUGCUGCGGUAGCAUUCUGUGUUACUCAUUAGGUGAUAAGGAAAAACUUCUCUUAGAAAAUUACUCUCCAAGGACUUUGCUCUUGUUCCUUGAUAUGUAAAUUACAGUUGUUGGUGUUUGACACCAUUGACCUAUUUGCUUCUCCCAAAACGUCUCCCUCGACUUUGUUGUUCAGUUUACUUUACUGCACUUAGUCGUUGGAGUAGCCAAUUGUACUUUGGCUCAUGCACACGGCAAUCAAUAUAUACUGCACAAGGUCUGAGGUUAA